UUGAGGGCAGUGCUCAACUGAUGCGUUCACAGCCCCUGAAGGGAGGCCACUAAUUACUUCUUGAGUUUUGUAAAGUGAUGAGCUGCUACAGGUGCAGCGUACAAAGUGAAGAGUAAUAUUCACUGAGUGGAGUGGCACCAUGAGUGGAGGGAAGGAGCUGGUGCUGGAGACCCUGAGACGGGCCACCAGUCAAGAGGCAGAGGUCCUCAAGCCAGCAGAACAACAGCUGCAGCUUUGGGAGACUGAGCCAGGCUUCUACUCCACUUUGGUGGAGAUCUUCUCUGAGUACAGCCUGGAGGUCAAUGUGCGGUGGUUGGCAGUGCUUUACUUCAAGAAUGGUGUUGAUAGGUACUGGAGGAAGACUGCACCCAAGGCCAUCUUAGAGGAGGAAAAGGGCCGCAUUAGAUGUGGCCUCCUGCACAACCUAAGGGAGCCAGUGUCCCAGGUGGCCACCCAGUUGGCAGUCCUCAUUGCCAAAAUAGCUCGUGUAGACUGUCCCCGGGAGUGGCCAGAGCUUCUUCCUUCACUGAUUGAGGCUGUGAAGAGCAGUGAUGACAUUGUGCGGCACCGCUCACUGCUCACCUUGCACCAUGUCAUCAAGCAGCUGGCAUCCAAGAGGCUUGCUGCUGACAGACGCACAUUUCAGGAACUUACAAACCAGAUGUUUUUGUUCUUGUUGGAGCUGUGGCGCCUCCAGACAGAAACCUUUUUGUCUGCUGGUGGGCAGGACAUGGAGAGGACUGUCCCCAGUCUGGAACUUUCACACUUGACCCUCAAGAUUCUACGGAAGCUUGUAAUUCAUGGGUUCAAAAAGCCUGAGGAGAGUGAAGAUGCUAUUAUGUUUUUGAAAAGCAUAUUUGAACAAGUGAAGGUAAUGUUAACAUUUAGGAAACAAAAUGAAAGUAAUGACCAUGUCAAAACAAUUUCAGAGAAAUACAUUGUACUUUUGACAAAGGUACUGAGGGACAUGCUGGAAGACUACCCAUUUUCCUAUGUACAGUUCAUUAAGCCCACUUUGGAACUGGCAGUGUUUUAUGUAUUUACUCCAAAUGGUGAUGGACUUAUUUUUGAAAGGUUCAUAGUGCAGUGUUUGAAUUUGAUCAAAGCCAUUCUGCUGUGUCCUGAAUACAAACCUUGUAAAGUUGUGGAAGACACCAAGAACCCCCAGACUCUGGAAGCCUUCAGAAUUAAGUCCAGCUUCUUCACUAACACAGUGCUGGCAGGGAUGUGCCAUAAGCUCAUCUCACACCACUUCCUACUCACACCAGAAGACCUGGAAGUAUGGGACUCGGAUCCUGAGGGCUUCUGCAUGGAGGUGGAGGGUGGCGAGUCAUGGAAAUACAGCCUCCGGCCCUGCACGGAGGCACUGUUUGUUGCACUGUUCCACGAGUACCGUAGUGCUCUUACCGCAGUGCUGAUGGAGAUGGUGCAGUCCUCUCAUAAUCCUGUUGACCCCAGUGACUUCAUGGGCAUUCUGCAGAAGGAUGCCGUGUACAAUGCUGUUGGUCUAGCAGCGUUUGAGCUCUUUGAUGACAUAGACUUUGACCAGUGGUUCACAACCUUCCUGAUCAAUGAACUCAAGGUCAAGGACUCCAACUAUCGCAUCAUACGCAGGCGGGUCAUCUGGCUUAUUGGACAGUGGACGCGGGUCAAGUUCUCCCCAGAGCACCGGCCAACGCUGUAUGAGGCGUGCAUCCACCUGCUGGCCGCUGAGGAGGACUUUGUGGUGCGGCUUAGUGCGGCCAUGACCCUCAAGCACUCGGUAGAUGACUUUGAGUUUGAUCCGGAACAAUUCAUGCCUUACCUGCCGACCAUCUUUGGCCUCCUCUUCAACCUUCUUAAAGAAGCUCAUGAAUGUGACACAAAAAUGCAGGUUCUGCAUGUGAUGUCCUUCAUGAUUGAGGUGGUGGGCGUGGGGAUCCAGCCCCAUGUUGCCCCCUUGGCUCAGUAUCUGCCCGGCCUGUGGAGUGAGUCAGCUGAUCAUAACAUGCUCAGGUGUGCCAUUCUCACCACCUUGGUCCACAUAGUCACUGGACUCAUGCGAGAAAGUGAGCGACUACACGAGUUCUUGAUCAACAUUAUCCGGGUGUCGACGGAUGUCGGGGAAGAUUGCCAUGUGUAUCUGCUGGAGGAUGGACUGCAGCUGUGGCUCACCACACUUGAGAAUACUGCUCAUCCACAUGAUGCUCUCCUUCACCUUUAUGAGAACAUGAUGCCACUAUUGGAACUUUCCACUGAAAACCUGAGAUUGUGUCUACAGAUCACGACAGCAUACACACUGCUCUGUCCUCAGCAGUUCCUUGCAUCGUAUGGCACACGCCUCAUUGAAACCUUCCAAUCCAUGCUGACGGACCUCAAGAAUGAUGGAAUAAUUCUGGUGCUGCGGGCGGUGGAGAUGAUCUUGCGUGUGCUGCCCACAGAGGGAGCCACUCUUCUCCAGCCGCUGCUGCCAGGCAUGAUGAAGGUGGUGGCUGAGGGGGACAAGUACCCCAUGGUUAUGUCCAUGUACCUGUCGGUGGUGGCAAGACUUGUGCUGUAUGCUGAGCCUAUCUUCACUUGGAUCGUUAACCAGGCUGCCACUAAUGAGAACACCACUCCUGAGGAGAUGUUGGAACACAUCACCAGUGUGUGGUCUGACAAGUUGGCUUUAGUGUCUUCUGAGGAGCGACGCAAACUGUGUGCCCUUGGCCUAGCUUACCUGUGUGGCUCAGGGUGGCCACCUGUCAUGAAGGUGUGGCCCUCGGCUAUUACUGCCAUUGUUGAGGUGGUGUAUGAUGUGACUAUGGAAGACUCCACUCAAGAUAAGCUGGUCAUCAAUGGCGGACGCAUGGGGUCACCUGAGCCAUAUGAACUGGAGACAGAACAUGUGCUACGGAGGCAAGCUGUGGCACAGCGUGAUCCAGUGCACACUACGUCCCUCAGGGAAUUUCUUGGCCAGCAGAUGAAACGGCUGCAAGAGAGCACCAGUCCGGCUGCCAUCAUGACGCUGGCCCAGGACCUCGAAGAAAACUGCCGCAAGGUUCUGGAGGAGGUGACAGUGCAGUGAUGCUUCUGUUUUCGGGCUUUGAAAUGAAAGAAAAUGAAUCUUUUUAGAUCCCUAAUGCUGCUGUGAUUGAUUUAUUACACUGUAUUCCAAAUUUUACGAGUAGGAAAGAUGUGCUUUGAAGGAUCUUUUAAGUUCCUUGAAUUGUUCUUCCAUUAAGAUCCAAAACUUACAUUCCCUUUUCUUUGGUUUAUUAUGAAAGGGAGCAACGAAAGUGUUGCAGUUCUAAUUUUGAAUAUGACAUUAUUAAUAGUUGUGCUAGAUAACACUGACAAAAUAUAGAUGAAUAGAUUUUGCUGCAUCUAUACUGAAAUUGUACAUGCAUAUAUAUAUAUAUAUAUAUAUAUAUAUAUAUAUAUAUAUAUAUAUAUAUAUAUAUAUAUAUUUACACUAAACUACAUAACUAAAUUUUCUAUGUAUUCAAUUGAUCAUGCAACAUAAGCUAGCCAGGUAGUAAAAAUUUUUUAGAGUGAAGGCAAGGCAAGUCUCGCUCAGCAGCAGCCUGUUUGCCAAGUUCCUAAUUUUUAUGUUGACAAUGUUUUUGACCUACAUAUGUGUAUGUUGUAUUAGCACAUCUAUUGCAGGAAGGCAGCACAUGUUAAUUUACUUAAACAUAUGCAAAUAGACGUAAAUAGUGCUGUACUUUAAUAUUAAUUUAACCUCUGGCUCUGUAAAAAUUUGUUAGUUUUUGUUCUUUAAUUUUGUAUUUCAAUGCAAAAUAAUGAUGAUGUGAAUGAAUAUUGCCUGCAAGUAGCACUGGAUAUGUAGGUAAUAUGACUUCUGUAUGAAAAUUUUGCAUAAUUUUUAAAGUUUAUGAAUAAAAUGAGAUUACAGAGACAUUACAGAAAUGUUUUAAAUUUUUAAGUGUCUGUGAAAGUGGGUUCAUUUGAGUGGUUUCAUUUGAGUUUUUAUUAAGAGUCCAGUUGAGUAUUAUUGUUUUGCAAGCCAUUCAGAUAUCCAUCAUGCAGGCUUCUUGAUACAAAAUAUUUUUUCCUGGUGCUAUUCAUGUAAAUGUGAUGUAAAACUUGUAGCUUCUUUGUGGGCACUGCUUUAUCAAAGUGGGGGGAGUUUUAAUGCUAAUUAAAAAAGCUGAGAUGUAUUGAAAACAGCAAAUGAAUGAUGUGUGUGUGUGUGUGUGUGUGUGUGUGUGUGUGUGUGUGUGUGUGUGUGUGUGUGUGUGUGUGUGUGUGUGUGUGUGUGUGUGUCCCUCAUUUAUGAAAAGGCAACAGAUUUUAGAUUACAAGACAACACCUAAUGUCACUUCCCCAAAAAAAGUAAAAUCCAUUCUUUUCAGAAAAUCUCAGUUGUCAGGAAGAAGGAAAAAUAACAUCAGUGAAUCAGAUGAAAGGACUAAUAUACUGGAAAAUACAGAUGAAAUUGUUUAUGAAGUUUUGUGCAUUGGGACAGGGAAGUACAUCACUUACUGAUCGAGUGUGGAGGAAUGAUAACUUUGGAAACAGCAGUAAAAGCAAAGAGAAAACAUUGGGAGAACCUGAAUUUAGUCUUUAUGGUUAUUGUGAUGAUUCAUUCAAUAAGGAUCAUUAUUUUGAGCUGCUAAAGAACAUUUUACUCUUUUAUCUGUUAUUUUUUACAUAACUGGAAAACUAGAGCUGUCAUAGAAUUAUAUAGAUAAUCAGUUUUAGGUUCCCAGUUUUGCUAAAAGAAAUGUAUACUGCAAUCCAACUCGAGAUUUCCCAAACAAAGAGCACAACACGCUCAUAAACAUGUCAUUCACACACGUCAUGUCAAUCUCUUGUGGAUGGGGAUAAAAGAAUAACAGUAGAAUAUAAAUUGUCUGUUCAGAACAAUAAUCCUUAUCAGUCAACACUUCACUAUGCUUUCUGUAGACAAUGAAAGGUAACUGAAAAAUCACAUGCUGUAUUCAGAAUAUAAGAACAUAAGGGGAACUGCAAGAAACCAGUAGACCUACAUGUGGCUGUAACUUGGACUUGUUGAUCUACCUCUCACAAGGGAAACUACAGAACUGUUUCUUGAUCCCCAGUUUUUAAGGGUAAUGAAAUAUUGAGAUUCAGUCACAGAAAAUAUAAAAUACAAAUUUCUUUACUAAUACAUACUGAGCUUCCCUGCCUGAAAAAAAAAAAAAAAAAAAAAAAAAAAAAAAAAAAAUUGGAAGAUCCAGAAUACAAUUAAAAAUACAGGGAAUAUGAUGGGAAGAUAUGGAGCACAAGAAGCUUCCACUCCAACAUGUCUUUGAUAAAGCAAUGUGCAUAAGAGCUUGCCAGUUGAUUCAGUACUUAUGAAUUACUAGGAAAUAUUUUUGUUCCAAAAUAAGUGACUGAGUAUGUGAGAUAUAUAUAUAUAUAUAUAUAUAUAUAUAUAUAUAUAUAUAUAUAUAUAUAUAUAUAUAUAUAUAUAUAUAUAUAUAUAUAUAUAUACAAACACACACACACACACACACACACAUCUUAUACUGCAUGUACUGUAUAUAGUGUUUAAAAUCCAAAAUAUUGUAAGUGUCAUGUUAUUGUUAAGAAAAUGGUGCAGCAAACUUGAGCAUAUUCAUAUUUUGGUUAUUGACUAUUGGUUGAUUGAAUUAUUUAAAUGGAAAGUUCACUUACUGAUUAACUGUGUUUACAAAGUUAGCCCAAAAUGUUAAUGGAAAACAGCAGGAUGAAAAACCCAUGGACUAGUUUUCAUAAUCUUGAAAUUAUUUGCAGGAGCACCUAACACAUUCCAUCAGUAAAGUGAAUUUCACAUUGAUUUUAUUGUGAAGCUGUGGCCCUGUGGAGCCAAGUGUCAUCAAGAUUGCUGCCUCACCUGAGGGAGACACCUGGCCUUGUGUGGCGCUGUGACUCUGUGGAGCUGAGGGUCAUCAAGACAGCCGACUCACCUGAGGGAGUCCCCUGGCCCUGUGUGGCGCUGGCUGAGGGCAAGCAUCACGUCUUCUUAACCUUGACAUCUUGUAAACUUGAUGUUCAAGCCUCAUUUGUCAUCUGAAGAAAAAUAUAUUUUACUGAAAUUGAAUAAAGUAUUUCUGAGU